AUGGCUCUAUCACUCGGGAAGAUCACCAUUCUCCUUGGUGCAGGUCUUGCUGGUUCAGCAAUUGCUAAAAAAGAAGGUCUAUUUCCAGAUGUAUUUGGUCUUGUAUCUGGUACUUUCAAGCCUUCGGAAGGAAAUAGAAUUUCUAAUAAGGGAAAAUCAAUCAUUUUUGUAAAUCCAAGUGGAUCAGGAAGGAAUCAUUACGAAGGCACAGAAAGUGAAAUGACGUUUUCUGGAAGGAAUCCUGAACUACCGGGCUGCACUUCUUUGAAGCUUUCUGAAAACCACCUAUGGCAGGUCCCCACAUUAAUGGAAAGACAUUUGGUGGCCGGUGAUGAGCUAAAGAAUCCAAACCAACAAAUAUCGUACAAACUGUGA